AUGGCGAAAUAUUUGCAGUUUGGGGAUUUGCACGAUGACUUAAUCCGUGACCGAAUCGUAGUAGGAAUUCGAGACGCAAAAUUGUCGGAAAGGCCACAGUUAGACCCUGAUUUGACACUAGAAAAGGCAAUUAAACAAGUUCGGCAAAGCGAACAAGUAAAACGUCAGCAAUCAAUGUUGCGACAAGGUGAUAUUCUUCCCAAAAGUUGUGAUUUUGUUGAUUCCGUGAAAUCUCACAGGAAAUUUGGUAAGCACAAACACGGCUUGCAAAAGUCGCAAAGCAAUAAUUAUCGAUGCGGCAGGUGUGGUAAAUCAAACAAACACAGUCGAGAAAAAUGUUUCAAAUGUUCUAAAAUUGGACAUUACGCUAGAUGGUGCCAUGGAGCCACAAAUGUUGAUCACGUCGAUAGGGAUGUCGAUUCUCCAGAUUCAGAUGUCGAAAAGCACGAAAAUAAAGGAUUUUUAGAGAAUGUCGGUGAAUCAUCAUCACACAAGUGGAUGCUAGAUUUGUUUGUAAAGAAUGUCAAAAUAAAUUUUAAAGUUGAUACUGGCGCCGAUGUUACGGUAAUAUCCGAAAAUGAUUUCAAAAAGAUGAAAAACGUGAAAUUGACCCCAAGUCACAGAAAAUUAUUCGGAGCUAAUGGUCGACCUGCGAUCGAAUCUCUUGCCAUUGUUUAUUUUGUUGGUGACGUCACGUCUGAGGAUCAAAAAUACAAAAAGAAAUAUCCAAAGCUAUUCUCCAGAUUAGGACAACUUGAGGGCGAAUAUAAAAUUGUUUUGCACGAAAAUGCUGUUCCAUUCGCAAUAACCGUACCAAGACGUGUACAGUUACCCCUUUUGUCGAAAGUUAAAAAGUUACUGUUGAAAAUGGAACAAGAUGGAGUGAUUUCCCGCGUAAACGAGCCUACAGAUUGGUGUGCAGGGAUGGUGGUUGUACCAAAACCGGAUGGUAGCGUUCGCAUUUUUACAGAUUUGACGCAUCUAAAUAAAGCAGUCAAGCGUGAAAAACAUCCGUUACCAGCAUCCGAACAAAUUUUGGAACAAUUAAGUGGUUCGAAAGUGUUCAGUAAACUCGAUGCAAAAUCGGGAUUUUGGCAAGUCAAGCUUGCAAAAGAGUCACGUUUAUUGACCACAUUUAUGACUCCUAUUGGACGUUUUUGUUAUGAAAGACUCCCGUUUGGAAUCUCUAGUGCCCCUGAACACUUCCAGCGAAGGAUGUGCGAUAUUUUAAUAGAUCUUUUAAUAGGAAUAUGUUCAAUGGACAAUGUCUUGGUUCACGGACGAAACCAAGAGGAACAUGACAAAAUACUUGACGCUGUUUUGAAAAAGAUAGCAAAAGCAGGUCUUACGUUAAACGACAAAUGUCAGUUUUCCCGCCAAAAAUUAAAAUUUCUUGGUUUUAUGAUAGAUUCAGAAGGUGUUCACCCUGACCCUCAAAAGGUCAUGGCUAUUUCCAAAAUGCCAGCUCCCACAAAUGUUUCCGAACUGAGAUUUUUUCUGGGAAUGGUUAAUCAAUUGGGAAAAUUCUCUAGAAACCUCGCUGACAUAUCGAAACCAUUGCGUGACCUAUUAAGUAAAAAGAAUUCAUGGAUAUGGGAACAAUCUCAAAUUGAUUCGUUUCAGAAGGUGAAGCAAGAAUGCUUGUCUAAGAAAGUUUUGUCGCUAUACAACCCGAAUAGUGCAACUAUUGUAUCAGCAGACGCAAGUUCUUACGGCUUGGGAGCCACCCUGAAACAGAAAAAUUCUGACGGACAAUGGAAAUCUGUGGCGUUUGCUUCACGCGCUAUGAACACCACAGUGCAGAAAUAUGCGCAAUUAGAAAAAGAGGCAUUAGCAGUUACGAGGGCGUGUGAGUGUUUUCAAGAUUUUCUCGUAGGAAUGCAUUCCAUGAUAAACACAGACCACAAACCACUAGUUGCUUUAUUCGGCACGAAAAGCCUAGAUGAGUUGCCUCCGCGAAUCCAAAGAUUUAGGUUGAGAUUGAUGCGGUUUUCCUUCGAUAUUUCUCACAUCCCAGGAAAGCACUUGAUAAUAGCAGACACUUUGUCUCGUGCACCACUGGACGACAUGCGAGAAGAAGAUAUUCAGCUGAAUGAAGACAGCGAUAUUUAUGUUUGUUCUGUUAUUGAUGAGUUCCCAGCAUCCGAAAAGCGCUUGCAGCAAAUUCGUGUACAUUUAAAUGAGGACAUUGUCUGUAAAGAAGUUAUAAAUUUUUGUAUGCACGGAUGGCCGGAUGAAUCCAGGCUUAAUGACGUAUUGUUGCCGUACUACCAAGUACGCGAUGAUCUUACUGUAAUUGACGGAUUGUUGCUACGCGGAACCAGAUUAGUAAUUCCAGCAUCGUUGCGACUUGAUAUUUUGGAGAAAAUACAUGAAGGACAUAUGGGGAUCGUAAAAUGCCGAAGUCGAGCAAGAUCUUCAGUGUGGUGGCCUUACAUGAACAAAUGGAUCAAGAUUGCAUUGUUACAGGAUACGACGUCGCUUACAGUAAUCAAUCAUCUUAAGUCAGUUUUCGCAAAGUACGGAAUACCUGAAGUGAUAAUUUCUGACAAUGGACCACAAUACGCUUCGGGAGAAUUUUCAAAAUUUGCAGAAGAAUAUGGAUUUUGUCAUAUAACGACAAGUCCUUGCUAUGCUCAAUGUAACGGAGAGGCUGAGCGUGCAGUCCAAACUAUUAAAAAUCUGCUUAAAAGAACAAAAGAUCCAUACAUGGCAUUGCUGAAUUAUAGAAGUACAGCUUUGAAAAAUGGUUAUUCUCCAAGUGAACUUCCCAUGGGAAGAAAGUUGAGAACGAAGUUACCAGUUUAUUCAAGUAAAUUGAUUCCAAAAUGGCCUGACAUGGAUGAAUUGCAAAAUAAAGAGUUAGGCGAUAAAAUGAAACAAAAGAUGCAUUUUGAUAAAAGGCACAGAGCUCAAAAUAUGGAAAAAUUGCAGAUUAGUGAUCAUGCAUGGAUCAAAGAUGGUCUUCAAAAAGAGCAAGGUGUUAUAACUGGGUAUGCUGAUACACCACGUUCAUAUAUGAUCCUAACACCGAGUGGUACGUUGAGACGUAAUCGUCGACAUCUCAAGAAAGUUCCAGAAAGACCAACUUCGGACGAAGAAACAGAAUCUCCCAUCAAAACAGAUGUACAGGUUGAACCGAACGAGCCUGAUCAAGAAAAUACGGAGAAAGUGAACAUUACAAGAUCUGGACAAAUUUCUAGACCGCCAGAAAAACUAAAUUUGUAA